CUGGUAGUUGCUAGAUCAAUAUAAUCCCCAAAAGAAUCCAUUUGAGACGUUUUUGAGUUUUCCAAGGAAGAAAAAUGUCCGUGGACAAAGCUAAAACCGAGAGUACUAUUGCCGUUAGUGCCAGUGCCCCUCCUCAAAGUAUUUUAGCCGAUAAAGAAAAACACUAUGAUGAAGAAGAGAAAGAUUCGCUGUUCUCAUCGGAACAAUCCGAAGGAGAAAAAGUUGUCAAAAUCGUCACGCCAUCAGUUGAAAAUAUAUCAUUCGAACAAGAAUAUAACGAAGAAGAAUUGGAACAAUUAAUAACGAAUGUAAAAAACAUGACAACAUUAUACGAUCUACGAUCCGAAGACUGGAACCCACAGUGCGAAGCCAUUAUAAGAACUUGGCUCACUGAUACUUCUGAGCCAUUACUGAUGAUAUAUUUCGACGGCGCCGACCUUUCAGCCGAUACUCACGCACCCAAUAUCCCUAUUAUCGAUGCAUCGUAUUUUCUACGAGAACCCGGAUUCGUUUAUACACAAGAGAAUUUCUUCGACGAAAUAAUUUUCGGUACCAUUGACGGUUCAAUCGAAGGAUCUCUUUUGCAAAUUAUCCAAAACGUUUACGCGCCGGUAUUACUUCAGACACAGAAUUGGCCAGACAGUGUCAGAAAUGACUUCAAGCAUUCGCUUCACAUGUUCCUGGCCAAACUCACGGAUCUUCAUUACAAACUUCACGGGCUCACAGUGCUCUACGUACCAAGAACUAUAUAUUCUAUUCCCAUUGAAGAGGCCAGCGAAGAUAAGGAGUUUAUCAAACGUAUGGAAGGUGUGGUUGUUUAUUGGACGAAACAGGUAAGGGUUGGACUUCAGGACCAGGAGCAAGCUACCACCGAAGACGUACGGUGUCCUAUAGAUGAGUAUAAUUUUUGGAGGAAUAGAUACGAAAAUUUAUUGGGGCUCAAUUAUCAGCUGGAUAAUAGAAAUCUCAAACAUCUCUGUAACAUUUUAUCAGCAGUGCAGUCGACUUACGUGAAACAGUUUAGGGUUUUAGCGGAAAAAAUUAUCCAUAAUGUGGAAGAAGCUAAAUCUAAUAUAGAAUAUCUCAACGUUAUUUUAGAACCAUGCAAAAAAUUGGAUUCUCUGAGUUAUCCGGCAGAGUAUCCUGCGUUGAUGCCGACAAUUUUGAAUCUGAUUCGUUAUAUUUGGAUGAAAAGCCCUUAUUAUAAUACCAAGGAAAAAAUUACUUUACUUAUCAGGUCUUUGAGCAAUCAAAUCAUCAUGCAAUGCACCAAAUAUAUAGACAUGAACGCCAUAUUCGGAGAAAAACAAACCAAAAAGUCCAUACAAAUGUUUGAAGUUUGUAUAAAUUGUUUGAAUGAAUAUAUUAAGACUUACGUUUUGGUGUCUUCAGCUCACGAAGAAUUCGAUAAUAUUGCAUGGGACUUGGAUAAAGCCCCUAUUUUCAAUCACGUAGAUUCGUACAUUCAACGUUGUAAAGACAUGAUAGAAAUUUGCGAAGCCAUGGUAGUAUUUGGCAGGUACGACGAAACAGAAAAGAUUCCCAAACCCCUUUUUGGCACGUCAAAGGGGCAACAGUUUGAAAACUGGGCCGAAAAAAUCGAAAAGAUGUUCAACGACAGUUUGAUUGAUAUUGAAAAGAUAAAAUAUCGUAUUUUGGACGUGCAACAACCAGAAUGGUAUGAUGAUAUACUCAAAUUUCGGACCAGAAUGAAGGAGCUUGAAGUAAUUGUGGAAAACCUGACGAACGCAGUAUUUGAUGAAAUUGCCAACGUGGAAGAAGGCAUUGAAUCCUUGGCCGCCUUGUACAAUUAUUCGAAAAGAAAAAGCUUGUAUUCGUUGUUUGAAGCCAAAACCUUGAUAGUUUACAAAAUGUUUAGAGAUGAAGUUUUGGAAACGAAACAAGAUUGUCAAACUGAAUCAGAGCUGUACCCUACCACUUUACCGUAUCAUUCUGGAAGAGCUACCAUGUUAAAAAUGAAGAAACACAGACUAAUUAUUUUAAAAAAGAUGUUUGAUGAUGCAGGCUGGAUGCUCCCUUGCAGUCUCUCUAAAGAAGUUUUCGCUCAACACCAAAAACUGAUAACUUCAAUUGACGAAAGGAUAUUUAAUAUGUAUAGAAAAUGGAUUGAUAGUCUAGGAGAGGAUUUAAAUCAAAGAUUACAUAGACCGCUUAUGUGUAAAAGCAUUUCUAAACCUGGAUUAAUUGAGUGCAAUAUUGACAGAUCUUUACUAGCAUUGUUCAACGAAGCCAAACAUUGGGAACGCUUAGGCUAUGAAAUUCCCACCUACAUAAAAUCCAUCUACAAUAAAGCAGACGGCAUUAAAUUCAUUUAUCAAUGCGUUUUAAAUAUAGUCCUUGACUAUAAUAAAAUAAUAGCGUCUCUGUCCGAUGAAGAACGAUUACUUUUCAAACCAUUGGUUACUAAUGUUGAAAAAAAAAUCGCACCUGGUUUGUCCAAGUUAACUUGGGCAACCGACAUAGGAGACGAGUAUAUCGCCGAGUGCAGUAACAACACUGCCGAACUUCAAGAUUUCGUGGACGAUUACAAACAGUGCAACCUGAAAAUCGUGCAAAUUUGCGAAAAAGUCUGCGACACUCCGCUGAUCCAAUUGGGUCAGUACUCGGCUAUGGAUUUGCAGGAUUUGGAGCAGGAACUUUCGAAUAAUAGGGAGAACACGUUGGCACUAUUGAUUGCUAAUUAUCAUAAGAUUAUUGAAUAUUUGGUGAUGGUUUUCGAAGGAUUUGAAAGCGUUAUGGGAUUGAUGUCAGGUCAAUGGUUGAAGUACAUCAACAAUUUCGACCAUUUAAUGGAAGAAGCAUUGAAAAUUUGCUGUAAAAAUUCUCUAUUGUGCAUGUACGAAGCUUUACACGGAGACGGUACCACCGAUCCUAAUCCUCUAAUAAAAAUCAACAUCAAUUUAAUAGGAAACAAGAUCAACUUUGACCCAACCCUCAAUAGCGUAAACAAAUUGAUAAAUAACAUCCAAAAUACCCUUGUGGAAUCCGUAAAGGCUUUGCCAAGAUUGAAUGACAAAUUUCACGUUGCCGAUACAAAUUACAUCCCUUAUGCUGAUUUAAUUUACAACGACGAAGAUUGCACGAACGUACAGCAAGAUUUAAGCAGAGAAGUAAAAGUUGCUAUAGAGAAAAUAAGAGAAUACAUUAAAACCUGGGAACCGUUUAAUGAACUAUGGGAAGUGGACAAAGACAAAUUUAUAGAGCAUUACGAACGCGAAGAACCCAGUGCAGCUCUAUUCGAUGCCAAUAUUGGACGUUACACCGAGUUGGCAAACAACGUCCAAAUUCAGGAGACAGUUUCGGACGUCCAUUUCCUUCAAAUCAACUGCGCCGAAAUGAAGAAAGCCAUCAUAGAUCAUUGUAUCGAGUGGCAAGACAAAAUGUGCAUGCUUCUGUUCAAGUUGACCAAAAGGAAAAUUGACGAUAUUUACGACUACAUGGAACGAAAUACUAAACAGGCCAAUCACGAGCCAGAAGACUUGGACCAGAUGCAAUUCUCUCUUCAAUUCUACGCUACGCUUAAACUCGAAGUUCCUAUGCAAGAAGAACACUUUCCUCAAAUCACCGAGCAAAUAUACACUCUGGAUAAAUAUUCGGUGCCGAUACCUGCACCAAUGCGUAAAAGGCACAAAAAUUUGCUCAAAGAAUGGGCUCUGUAUUUAGAGUCUUUGGAACAGGCUGAACACAUGUUGGAGUAUUCCAAGGAACAUUUCAAAAAUAAUCUGCUGGAGCAAGCGGAAGGAGCACGACAAAAUGCUAAAACUUUGUUGGACGAGUUUAUUAUCAAAGGUCCAUUUACAUCCGAUUGGUCGGUAGAAGAAGGCCUAGCCUAUUUAUCCGCUAUGAGGGUGACACUAAAAAAUAUGAAAGAAAGAGACGAAAAACUACGUGCAGAUUUAGCCAUAUUUGGACUCAGCUACGACGAAAGUGUAGAUCUAUCGAAAUUGGAUAGUGAACUAUCAUCGCUAGAAGCGGUUUGGGACUUGGCUGCUCAAUGGGACACCGCCUGGAACAAUUACAAAACGGGACAAUUUUGGGCGAUCGAAACACACGAAAUGGAAGAAACAGCUCAAGUUUUAUUUAGAAAAUUAACUAGAUUAUCUAGAGAAUUAGCAGAGAAAAAUUGGAAAAUUCUUGAAGAUGUUAGAUCACAAGUGGACGCUUUCCGAAGAACCUUGCCACUUUUGGGCGAUUUAAAAAACCCCGCGAUGAGACCGAGACAUUGGGAAAAAGUAAAAACGGCCAUAGGAAUGGAUUUCGAUGAAUCCAGCCCGGAAUUCAAUCUGGAAGCAAUUUACGCUAUGGAAAUGCACAAAUUUGCUGAGGAAAUAGGUGAAAUUUCUAAUGCGGCCACAAUGGAGCUUCAAAUUGAAAAAGGCCUAAAAGCUAUAGUUGAAACUUGGAGUAAUAUGAAAAUUGAAAUUGUUCCUCACAAAGACAGAGGAUGUUAUAGAAUUAAAAGUGUAGAUGACUGUUUCCAAGCCUUGGAAGAAAACAUCUUACAAUUAUCCACAAUGAAAAGUACAAGAUUUGUAGAACCCUUUACCAAAGUCGUAGACUAUUGGGAGCGGACUUUGUCGUAUGUCAUGGAAACUUUAGAGAUUGCUUUGCAAGUACAACGUCAAUGGCUCUAUUUAGAAAAUAUAUUCUUUGGUGAAGAUAUCCGUAGGCAGUUGCCAAAAGAAAGCGAAGAUUUCGAUUUGAUGACCGACGACUGGCGAAAUAUUUCGACGAGACUUUACUUUUCGAAAACCGCCCUCAAAGCCACCCAUUACAAACCUGCGCCCUAUUUGUUUCACAAAUUAAACCGAAUGAACGAUAAACUUGAUAUGGUGCAGAGGGCAUUAGAGAAGUAUUUAGAAACCAAACGCCACAUUUUUCCACGUUUUUACUUCAUUUCAAAUGACGACAUGCUGGAAAUAUUGGGCAACUCGAAAAAACCCGAGCUGGUCCAGCAACAUUUGAAAAAACUUUUUGAUAAUUUGACAAAAAUAAAAAUACAAAGAAAUCAAGCUAUCAACAAACAGGAAUGCGUGGGAAUGUUUUCGGACGAUGGAGAAUACGUAGAAUUCGUUCGGCCGUUUAUUUUGGAAGGCGCAACCGAAAAUUGGCUUCUGGAAUUGGAAAUUGCCAUGAGAACGAUACUAAAGUACCAGUUCAAGCCUUGCCGAACCGAAUUGAAGAAAAACUUGAACAAACGAGACAAAUGGCUUUUGGCUAACUGCGGACAACUAUGCAACGCUUGUAGCUUGAUCCAAUGGACUACUGAUUGUACUAGAGCCUUGGUGCACGCAAAAAUAAUGGAAAGCAAAAAACCGUUGAAACGCUUGAGGAAGAAACAAAAUCAAGUUUUAUCGAAACUGUCGGAACUUAGCAGAAAAGAAUUGACGAAACUACAAAGACUAAAAGCAAACGCUUUAAUAACAAUAGAAAUUCAUUCUAGGGACGUAAUUGAUAGAUUAUAUAAAGCCAAUUGCAGAGACACAAAUGCCUUUGAAUGGUUCUCACAGCUAAGAUUCUAUUGGGACAGAGAAUCAGACGAUUGCAUUGUAAAGCAAACAAAUACAAAUUUCUGUUACGGCUACGAGUACAAUGGAAAUUCUGGCAGAUUGGUCAUCACUCCUCUAACCGAUCGAUGUUACAUAACGUUGACUACAGCUUUGCACCUCUACAGAGGCGGAAGUCCAAAAGGUCCUGCUGGUACUGGCAAAACUGAGACCGUUAAAGAUUUAGGCAAAGCCAUGGGAAUGUGGGUGAUUGUCAAUAAUUGCUCGGAAGGAUUGGAUUAUAAGAGUAUGGGAAAGUGUUUUUCUGGUCUGUCUCAAACGGGAGCUUGGGGCUGUUUUGAUGAGUUCAACCGAAUCAAUAUUGAAGUUUUGUCAGUAGUUGCUCAACAGAUUUUAUGUAUUUUGCAAGCUUUGUCUAAUAAGCAGAGACGGUUGACGUUUGAAGGUGUGGAAAUUAAUGUAAAGUCAUCAGUGGGCAUUUUCAUAACAAUGAAUCCAGGCUACGCAGGCAGAACCGAAUUGCCCGACAAUUUAAAAUCAAUGUUUCGUCCCAUUUCCAUGAUGGUGCCCGACAGUAAUAUUAUUGCCGAAAAUGUGCUUUUCAGCGAUGGGUUUACCAAUACGAAAUCUUUGGCUAAAAAGGUUUAUACACUUUAUCAACUAGCUAUUCAACAAUUGAGCAAACAAGAUCAUUACGAUUUCGGUUUGAGAUCUAUGGUCGCUUUGCUGAGAUAUGCUGGAAGCAAAAGACGACAAAUGCCCAACGUUCCUGAAGAUCAAGUUGUUUAUUUGGCCAUGAGAGAUAUGAAUGUAGCCAGAUUCACCUCCAACGAUUUGCCUCUUUUCAAUGGCAUAAUGUCUGAUAUUUUUCCCGGUGUUGUAAUACCAACCGUCGAUUAUAUCGACAUCAAUUUAGCUAUGACUGAUUACAUGGCUGAAAGUAAUCUACAACCAAUCCCUAUUGCUAUAACUAAAGUGCUUCAACUAUAUGAAACCAAAAGCUCUAGGCAUUCAGUGAUGAUUCUUGGGAAAACUGGCACUGCCAAAAGCGUCACCUGGAAAACUUUGCAAGGGACUAUGACUAAGCUUUGCAAGCAAAACAAGCCAGGAUUUAAUAAUGUACAGGUGUAUCCGAUAAAUCCCAAAGCCCUAAAUCUCGGCGAGCUUUAUGGAGAAUACAAUUUAAGCACCAACGAAUGGUUGGACGGCGUUAUAAGCGCAAUAAUGCGUAAAGUAUGCUCGGAAGAAACCCCGGACGAAAAAUGGAUUCUGUUCGACGGUCCCGUCGAUGCUGUUUGGAUCGAAAACAUGAACAGCGUUAUGGACGAUAACAAGGUUUUGACGUUGAUCAAUAGCGAUCGGAUAACGAUGCCUGAACAAGUUUCUUUGCUUUUCGAAGUUGGCGACUUGUCGGUUGCUUCUCCUGCAACUGUUAGCAGAUGCGGUAUGGUAUAUAAUGACUACAAAGAUUGGGGCUGGGAGCCAUUUGUACAUUCCUGGAUAAAUUCUCAAAAAGCAAAAGGUGCCAGGUUUCAAGAAGUAGUCCUACGCUACUUCAAAUCGUACCUGAGCCUGAUUCUGGAAUUCAAAAGAUUCAAUUGCUCCGAACCAGUUGAGUGUUGCGAGAUCAAUUUGGUCAGUUCCCUGUGCAAAUUGCUGGAAAUAUUUUGCUGCAAGGAAACCGGGAUGAAUCCUGCUGAUGAAGAUCGUUUUGAUGAAUACAUAAGAAACUGGUUCUUGUUUUGCAUUAUCUGGUCAAUUUGUUGCACCACUGACGAAGAUGGCAGAGCCAAAUUUGAUACACUUAUACGGGAAAAGGAGGGAGUGUUUCCAAUAAAAGACAGCGUGUACGAGUACCACGUUGACAUAAUAAAUUACAGUUUUGUUAAUUGGGAGGAAAAAUUAAAAUAUGGUUGGAGAUUCGACCCUGCAUUGCCCUUCUACAAAAUCAUAGUACCUACAAUAGACACCGUCAGAUACGAAUACUUAGUUAAUGCCCUUUUAUAUAAGGAAUGUCCUAUUUUGUUAACUGGUCCUGUGGGUACUGGCAAGACUUCCAUUGCCCAGUCAGUAGUAGGACUUAUAAAUCUUGAAGAAUAUGCCUUAUUGAACAUUAAUAUGAGCGCUCAAACUUCUUCAUACAAUUUACAAAGUGCCAUAGAGAGUCGCUUAGAGAAACGAACCAAAAACCAUUACGCUCCUCCUGCCGGUAAAAUUUUGAUCACCUUUUUGGACGACCUUAAUAUGCCGGCAAAAGACACUUAUGGUUCGCAACCACCUUUGGAACUACUGAGGGAGUGGAUGGACUAUGGGUUUUGGUACGACCGAGAAAAGCAAACCAGAAGAUGUGUAGAGAAUAUGCAUGUUUUGGCAGCGAUGGGUCAUCCUGGAGGAGGCAGACAAGUAAUUUCUGACAGGUUACAAAGCAAAUUCAACGUUAUCAAUAUGACCUUCCCCGAUGAAGUCACUAUUGAGAGGAUUUUUGGUACUAUGCUCCUAAACCAUCUGUCCACGUUCGACGAAGGCGUUAAGCUAGUGGGAAAAGGAGUUACAGAUGCUACUAUAGCUCUUUACAAUAACGUUAUCGUCAAAAUGUUGCCAACCCCGACAAAAAUCCACUACCUCUUCAACUUGAGAGACAUUUCCAAAGUGUUCCAAGGCCUGUUGAGGAGCCACAAAGAUUAUCAGAACGACAAAGCUACGUUACUUAGACUAUGGAUUCAUGAAUGCUUUAGGGUAUUUUUUGAUAGGCUAACCGAUGAACAGGAUCAAGAAUGGUUUAUGGUUCAAAUGAACGAACAACUAGGAAGAUACUUCGAUUUGACUUUGCACAGCUUGUGUCCGGGCAAAGAAAUACCGAUUUAUGCUGAUUUUGUUAACACUUGGAAUAUUUACGAGGAACACGCUGACAACACCGCUUUGAAAAAAUUUGUGGAAAACCAAAUGGAAGAAUACAAUAUCACUCCGGGAGUAGUCAGGACGAAUUUGGUACUGUUCAAAGAAGCCUUGGAGCAUAUUUGCAGGAUUGUAAGGGUUAUUUCGCAACCUAGAGGAAAUAUGUUACUAAUAGGAAUAGGUGGUAGUGGUCGUCAAUCUCUGUCCCGUAUAGCGGCAUACAUUUGCGAGUACAACACUUUCGAAAUUGCGGUAACAAGAAGCUACAAAUUAGCGGAUUUCAAGGAAGACUUGAAAGUUUUAUACGGUUUGACCGGUGUCGCAGCUAAACCGACUUCGUUUUUGUUCAACGAUACCCAAAUUACCGACGAACAUUUUUUGGAAAUAAUCAACAACAUGUUGAGCAGUGGCGAGGUUGCCAAUCUGUAUAAGCCCGACGAAUUUGAAGAUGUCAGAGGAAAAUUGGAAAGUAUAGCUACUAAACUUGGCUUAUUGUUAACAAAUGAAGCAAUUUACGAAUUAUUGAUCUCCAGAGUUAGGGUCAAUCUUCAUAUAAUUUUAUGUAUGAGCCCUAUCGGAGAUGCUUUCAGAAAUAGACUCAGGCAAUAUCCAGCCCUUGUAAAUUGUACAACAAUCGAUUGGUUCCACGAGUGGCCAAAACAGGCCCUUUUGGAAGUAGCCCUCAAGUUUAUAGAUGAUGUUAAUUUCAGUGAAACGAUUACUGGCAAGGAAACUAGCACUAGAAGAGAAUCCCUAGUUCUAUCGACUCAACAAAAAAUGAUGCUUGCCACAUCCGAGGCUUUUGCAACAAUUCACGAUUCUGUUGUCAAAUAUUCCAAGAGAAUGUUUUCCGAAAUGAGACGUUACAAUUACGUCACUCCAACCAACUACUUAGAGCUGGUUACUGGAUACAAAAAGAUGUUAGCUAACAAACGAGGCCUGGUUUCGUCUCAAGCCAACAAGCUACGAAACGGCUUAUGGAAAAUUGACGAUACCAAAGCAAAAGUCACAACAAUGUCAAUUGAGCUGGAAGAAGCCCAAGUUAAAGUGGCCGAAUUUCAGCAGCAAUGUGACGACUAUUUGGUAAUUAUUGUUGCACAGCGAAAAGAGGCUGACGAACAACAAAAAGAAGUCGCUAAGAAGAGUAUUAAAAUCGGCGAAGAGGAGAUACAGUGCAAAAAGCUUGCUGAUAUAGCGCAAGUUGACUUGGACGAAGCUAUGCCGGCGUUGGAAGAAGCUAUAAGAGCUUUAGAUUCGUUGAGUAAAAAGGAUAUUAGUGAAAUGAAGAGCUACGGCACUCCGCCGCAGAAAGUUAAAAUGGUUAUGGAGGCUGUGAAUAUUUUGAAAGGGCUAGAACCGACUUGGACAGAAGCCAAACAUCUUCUAGGCGAAAUGAAUUUUUUGAAAGACCUAAAAGAGUUCGAUAAAAACCACAUUUCCGAGAAGACCCUAAAGAAAAUCGCUGGCUACACGACAAACGAAGAAUUCCUCCCGGAAAAAGUGGGGAUCGUGUCGCUGGCUGCGAAAUCGCUUUGCUUGUGGGUGAUCGCUAUCGAGAAAUACGCUAAAGUUUGGAAGGUUGUAGGGCCUAAAAAAGCCAAAUUGGACGAAGCCCUAGAUUCACUAAAAGAAAAACAAGCGUUGCUUGCCGCAGCCCAACAAAAACUGGCCGAAUUGAAUAUGUACUUGCAAAAAUUACAAAAAGAAUACGAAGAAAAGCUGGAACAAAAAGAGGAAUUAAAUCGCAAAGCUCAAUUGCUAAGGCUGAAACUGGAACGAGCGGCUACUUUAGUUGAAUGUUUGGCCAGCGAAAGACAAAGAUGGGAAGAAACUGUCAAAGUUUUAGAUGUAAAAUAUGUCUUUUUGCCUGGCGAUUGUUUAUUGGGUACAGCUUUUGUCUCUUACAUGGGACCUUUUGUCAGCAUUUAUCGAGACGAUUUAAUCGUAAGGUGGCAAAAACUUAUGACUACAUUAGAAAUCCCAACUUCCAGUGACUUCAUGGUAAUACCGUUCCUCAGCGACCCAACUACUAUAAGAGAAUGGAACAUACAAGGCUUGCCUGCUGAUAAUUUUAGCACUGAAAAUGGUAUUAUUGUAACAACUGGCAAUAGAUGGCCUUUGGUGAUUGAUUUUGGCAUGCCAAACUUUAUGUUUAUAAUUGAAAAAGCUGUCCAAUUUGGAUAUCCUGUAUUGUUGCAAAAUAUUGCAGAACAAAUUGACCCUUCGAUAAAUCCUAUACUCGCCAAGGCUGUUAUUAGACAUGGCGGUGAAUACAUGAUAAAGUUAGACGAUAAAUUCGUUUCUUACGAUGAAAAAUUCAAAUUUUUCGUUACAACCAAACUUAAUAAUCCCCAUUACACGCCGGAAAUAUCCACCAAAACCACCCUAGUCAAUUUCGCUGUCAAAGAGCAAGGUUUGGAGGCCCAGCUUUUGGGUAUAGUUGUCCGAAAAGAAAAACCGCUAUUGGAAGAGCAAAAAGACAAUUUGGUUAUGACAAUUGCACAUGGCAAAAGAACUUUGGAAGAGCUGGAAAACGAACUGCUCCGUUUACUAAACGAAACCAGAGGUUCUCUAUUGGAGGACGCUGAACUUUUCAAUACUUUGCAAGUUUCCAAAGCUACAUCCGAAGAAGUUACGAAAAGUUUAGAAGUGUCUGAGAAUACUGAAGUGCAAAUUGAUGCUGCAAGAGAAGGCUACAGGCCGUGUGCUAAAAGAGCAGCAAUACUGUUUUUUGUCCUAAACGACAUGGGCAAAAUCGACCCAAUGUACCAGUUUGCCUUGGACGCAUACAUUUUCCUUUUUGACAAGUCCAUUUCCAAAAGCCCAAAAAUGGUAAUACUAAUCGACAGGAUAAAUGCCUUGAACGAAUAUCACACUUUUGCGGUUUACAAAAACACCUGUAGAGCCCUAUUUGAAAAACACAAAUUACUGUUUUCCUUUCACAUGUGCAUAAAAAUUUUAAGAGCCCAAGGGAAAAUUGUUGCAGGCGAAUACGGAUUUUUGCUUAAAGGCGGCGUAGUGUUGGACAGAGAAAGUCAAAUGGAAAAUCCUUGCUCAGUUUGGCUAAACGAAAUUGCAUGGGAUAAUAUUACGGAACUAGAUAAAUUAGGUGGAUUCCAUGGAGUUACUGAUUCGUUUGAACAAUAUUCGAGGGAUUGGUAUAAUUGGUACACUCAUACUGAACCAGAAACUCUACCGCUUAUCGGAGAAUGGGAUGGAAUUUGCAACGAAUUCCAAAAAAUGCUGUUUGUCAGAUCUUUGAGAACUGACCGUGUUUCGUUUUCAAUAGCUAAUUUCAUUGUCAAUCAACUUGGACCGCAAUUCGUUGAACCACCAGUUUUAGAUGUAAAAGCAGUUUUGGAAGAGUCAGUAGCUCAAACCCCAUUAAUUUUUGUGCUAUCUUCUGGAGUUGAUCCAACAUCAGGCCUAAUUCAAUUAGCCGAAUCAGCCAAAAUGACAUCAAAGUUCCAAUCUUUGAGUUUAGGACAAGGACAGGCCCCUAUUGCAACAAAGUUGCUACAAACUGGUGCCAGAGAAGGCCAAUGGGUGUUUCUAGCCAAUUGCCACUUGUCGCUUAGCUGGAUGCCCAAGCUCGACAAGAUCGUCGAAAUAUUGCAAACUGGCAAAGUGAAUCCUAGUUUUCGUCUCUGGCUCAGUUCCAGCCCUCAUCCAGAUUUUCCGAUUUCCAUUUUGCAAGCGGGUAUUAAGAUGACGACUGAACCUCCCAAAGGUUUGAAGGCGAAUCUGAAACGGCUUUAUCAGCUUUUAACCGAAGAGCAAUUUAAUGCCUGCCAACAUCCGGAGAAGUACAAAAAGCUUCUAUUCGGCUUGUGUUUCUUUCAUUCGAUUUUAUUGGAGCGUAAGAAAUUCCAACAAUUAGGCUGGAAUGUGAUUUAUAGCUUCAAUGAUUCAGAUUUUGUGGUAUCUGAAAAUUUGCUUCAAAUAUACUUGGACGAGUACACAGAAAAUACCCCGUGGGAUGCUUUAAAAUAUCUCAUCGCUGGAGUGAGUUAUGGCGGUCACGUUACAGACGAUUGGGACAGAAGAUUGCUGACUACGUACAUUAAUCAGUACUUCUGUGAAGAUGCUUUAACUGUGGCAUAUUUCAGAUUGUCCACUCUGAGUACUUAUUACAUACCACGUGACGGUUCCUUACAGUCUUACUUAGAUUAUAUAACCCUUUUGCCCAACAUUGACCGGCCUGAGUCAUUUGGCCAGCAUCCAAACGCCGACAUAACUUCUCUUAUUAGUGAAGCCAGAAACAUGUUUGAAACUUUAAUGUCUUUACAAAUUCAGAGUUCAAUUGAGGGUGGCGAGUCCAAAGAAUCCAAAGUUACAUUGCUUGCUACAGACGUUCUUUCCAAGCUACCCUUGCCAAUAGACUACGAACGAACAGAUAAACUUACUGGAGCCAAUAAGAAACCACUAGAUGUGGUGCUACUGCAAGAAAUCAGCCGAUACAAUCUUUUAUUGGACGAAAUCAAAACAUCUUUGGAGGACUUGCAAAAAGGCAUCAACGGUUUGGUGGUGAUGUCGUCAGAGUUGGAAGAAAUCUUUUACUGCAUUUAUGAAGGCCGGGUUCCUUCAGGUUGGCUGAAAGCCUAUCCUUCGCUAAAACUUUUGGGUUCUUGGACAAGGGAUCUAGUUGCCAGGGUUGAACACUUUUCGAAUUGGGCGCUUACUGUACACCCGCCCAUGUUGUUUUGGUUGGCCGCUUAUACUUUCCCUACUGGAUUUUUGACAGCUGUAUUACAGACUGCAGCGCGUAUGAAGGAAGUACCCAUAGACACUCUAAGUUGGGAGUUUACCGUUUUGACAGUUGAGGAGAGUUCAAUUCAAACAGCGCCUGAAUCGGGAGUUUACGUGAAAAGUAUGUUUCUAGAAGGCGCUGGUUGGAAUAAGAAAAAUGCUGUUUUAAUAGAACCUCAACCUAUGCAAUUAGUGUCUCCCAUGCCUUUAAUUCACUUUAAGCCUAAUGAAGUAGUUAAAAAAAAAGCCAAAGGUUUAUAUUUGUGUCCAGUGUACUAUUUCCCUAUAAGAACAGGUGCUGCUAAUCGCCCUGCAUAUGUUGUAGCAGUUGAUUUGAAAUGUGGCAUGGAAGGAUCAGAUUAUUGGAUAAAAAGAGGAACAGCACUUUUACUUAGUUUAGGAAAUUGAUUAGUUUAGGAGUUUGGUUAAUAAUAAAACAAUAUUUUUUAUAAUAAUUAUUUUAUUG